CGCGGAGACCCCGCGCCAUCAGAGCAGCGCUGAUGCAGUGGAAGACACACAAGAUGGCGGCGAUCGGCGGAUAGACGAACAUUCGCGUAAACACUCGAACCGUUCCGUGCUAAUCUGCGCUGUAACGAGACCAGAAGGCGGUUAAACACCCGAGGAUCAUGCUGCUCGGAUCGGUCUGGAUCGUGUGAGGUUCGGCUCAUUCUGAGGGUUAAUUAACGGCUUUCCUGAGUUUAAGAUGACCGAUAGGAGGUAGCGUCAGGUUUAGGUUUAGUGUUGUGAUAUAAACUCUUGUCUUUCCGAGAGUCCGAUCAAACCGGACCCAGGCUCCGGCUGGUUUCGUGUGGAUUAGUCAGGGUUAGGAUGAGCGGCGCCCGGCUGCGCGGGUCUGAGGCGAGGCAGUGCUAGGCUGCUAGCUUUGUGCGCUAGCGAUGCGUCAGGACUGCUAGUGCUGCUUAAGCUGGUUCGGUUCGGUUCGGUUCGUGCGGGAAAGAUGAGCGACACCCGGCGGCGGGUGAAGGUGUACACGCUGAACGAGGAGCGGCAGUGGGAGGACCGGGGCACCGGGCAUGUGUGCUGCUCGGAGCCGGACUCGCUGACGGUCACCGGCGAGGCUGACGGCUCUCUGCUGCUGGAGUCCAAGAUCAACCCCGACACCGCGUAUCAGAAGCAGCAGGACACGCUCAUCGUCUGGUCCGAAGCGGAGAACUAUGACCUGGCUCUGAGCUUCCAGGAGAAAGCGGGCUGUGAUGAGAUCUGGGAGAAGAUCUGUCAGGUGCAGGGCAAAGAUCCGUCCGUGGAGAUCACGCAGGACCCCAUGGACGAGUCCGAGGAGGAGCGGUUCGAGGACACGCUGGAGUCGGGUCACCUGGUGGAGCUGCCGGCCUGCGAGCCGGGCUGUCUGGAGGAGCUGGCGGAGCUGGUGACGUCGGUGCUGCCGUCGCCCGUCCGGCGCGAGAAGCUGGCGCUCGCUCUGCUCAGCUCGGGGUACAUCAGGAAGCUGCUGCAGCUCUUCCGGGCGUGCGAGGAGUCGGGCGACCGCCAGGGCCUGCAGCACCUGUACCAGAUCGUGCGCGGCCUGCUGUUCCUCAACAAGGCCACGCUGUUCGAGCUGAUGUUCGCCGACGACUGCAUCAUGGACGUGGUGGGCUGCCUGGAGUACGAGCCGGCGCUGCUGCAGCCCAAGCGGCACCGCGAGUUCCUCACCAAGACGGCCCGGUUCAAAGAGGUGAUCCCCAUCACGGACUCGGAGCUGCGGCAGAAGAUCCACCAGACGUACCGCGUGCAGUACAUCCAGGACAUCAUCCUGCCCACGCAGUCCGUCUUCGAGGACAACUUCCUGACCACGCUGUCCUCCUUCAUCUUCUUCAACAAAGUGGAGAUCGUCAGCAUGCUGCAGGAGGAUGAGAAGUUCCUGACGGAGGUGUUUGCUCAGCUCACAGAUGAAGCUACAGAGGACAGCAAGAGGAGAGAGCUGGUGAACUUCUUCAAGGAGUUCUGUGCUUUCUCACAAACGCUGCAGCCGCAGAACAGAGACGCCUUCUUCAAAACGCUGGCCAACCUGGGCAUCUUACCGGCGCUGGAGAUCGUGAUGGGCAUGGAUGACGUCCAGGUGAAGGCCGCAGCCACAGACAUCUUCUCGUACCUGGUGGAGUUCAGUCCGUCUAUGGUGCGCGAGUUCGUCAUGCAGGAGCCGCAGCAGGCCGACGACGACGUGCUGCUGAUUAACGUGGUGAUCAAGCAGAUGAUCUGUGACUCGGACCCCGAGCUGGGCGGUGCAGUGCAGCUGAUGGGGCUCCUGAGGACCCUCAUCGACCCCGAGAACAUGCUCGCUCCGGCCAGCAAAACGGAGAAGAGUGAGUUCCUGAGUUUCUUCUACAAGUACUGUAUGCACGUGCUGACGGCUCCACUGCUGGCCAACACCGCGGAGGAGGACCGAGAUCUGACGGAGGGAGCGGCUAAAGUCAACCCCGUGUGUCCAGAUAACUUCCAGACGGCGCAGCUGCUGGCUCUGAUCCUGGAGCUGCUGACCUUCUGCGUGGAGCAUCACGCGUACCACAUCAAGAACUACAUCAUGACCAAAGACCUGCUGAGGAGGGUGCUGACGCUCAUGAACUCCAAACACACCUUCCUGGCGCUCUGUGCGCUGCGCUUCAUGAGGAGAAUCAUCGGCCUGAAGGACGAGUAUUACAACCGCUACAUCGUGAAAGGAAACCUGUUCGAGCCGGUCAUCAACGCACUGCUGGACAACGGCACCAGAUACAACCUGCUGAACUCGGCCAUCAUCGAGCUCUUCGAGUUCAUCAGAGUGGAGGACAUCAAAUCUCUGAUUGCACACAUCGUGGAUAACUUCUACACGGCGCUGGAGUCCAUCGAGUACGUGCAGACCUUCAAGGGUCUGAAGGGCCGCUACGAGCAGGAGAAGGAGCGUCAGAGCCGAGGACUCAGCAGGUAUCGCAGGGACGCCCGCUCCUUCGAGGAGGACGAGGACAUGUGGAUGAACGAGGACGAGGAAGAGGAGGAUGCCUCCGACGCAGGGCUGGACAAGUGCAAGAGCGACUACGGGAAGUUCAUGGAGAGCGAGAAAGUGAAAGAGAGUCAGGACAAGGAGAACCAGCCCAAGCGCACGGCGAGCGGCAGCUUCAAGUUCACCUUCUCUCACUCAGCUGGAGCGGCUAACACCGCUAACGGCUCCAAACCUCCACCCUCCGCUUCCUCCAGCAGAGCUGCAACCGGGCUGGUGGGGCUCGUGGACUACCCAGACGAUGAAGACGAGGAGGAGGAGGAGGAGGAGGAAGAGGAGGAGGAGAGCGCUGACGAGGAGCAGUCGCCGCGCAAGAGGCCUCGUCUGGGCUCGUAAAGCCCGGCUGCGCUCACACUUCCACCCCAGCUGAACCAGAGGAGCUUCCAGUGAGCCAAUCGCAGCGCAGCAGGGGCUGAUGGGAGCGCCGCGCAGGCUAGCAGGACUAGCCGCACUGAUCGAGCUGGAUCGGCUCGGACUCUGAAGAGCUGCUGUCGUCGCGGCCCAAGUUCAGUGACAUCGGCGGAUGUGGCUGCUUCCUUUUUUAGUGAUUUCUUCUGGACGCUUGUGUUUUUUAAUGAUUGGCGGGAGAUCUCGCCGGCGCGCGAGCGUUAUUAACCUUUAUAAUCAGACGUCUGGAAUUCAGGCUAGAAGGUGCAGCGCUGAUGGUUUUAAAACACAUUAAAUUGCAGUAAAUGUUUUGAUUUGUGUGAUUUGUGGCGCAGACGUCGCUCCUGAUCUGAGGACUGAUCUGAGGUCAGCUUUGGCUCGUCGGUCGCGCUGCGAGAGAACACCGAGUGUUAAACCAGGCUGAUCGGACUACAUCUUUCAGAUGCCUAGAUUAAAUAUUAAAAGCAGUUUUAGUUUUUCCCUCAUUUUUGUACACUUUCCUACUAGCACCAUCCGUUAAAGAGCAUUUGUAUGAAUUUGAUAUUUUUUACAAUUUUCAGAUUAAAUUUGGUCCUGCAAUUAAACGAGGUUGUUCAGUAUUUUGUGCCGUGUUUGAGUAGGUCUGAUAACAGAGGCACAGUUUACCAGAAGCAUGAUCGGUUAUGAUGACUGAGCAGGGAUCGAUCUCGUACCUUUGACUCCGUCAGCUGGACGACCAGUCGACCCUCGAGUCCAGAAGGACCCCUGUAUCCUGAGCUUGGGACAGACGUGUGUAGUGCUGUCCAGAACCACAGACGCCUGCAGCUCAGUCAUCGUCCGUUUCUCAAGCCUCUGGCAGAAUAUCAUU